AUGCUGAGCUUAAGAGCAUUAAAACAGCGUCUAUGCUGGGUCCACCCUAAACUGCCUCUUUCCACCAUAAACUGCCCUUUUCAGAAGCUCCAGUCACUUCUCUGGGCACAGAAGCCUCCUCCCUCCCCAGAGGAGCUCCGAGGAGUCCCUCCAAGGAUUUCUGUUCCCUCAGCAAACAGAAAGGACACAAGAGCCACCGGAUGCUUCUCUGUGCUGCUUCAUGUGAAGUCUCCACACCCCUUCUCCAAGGGGCGGGCUGGUCCCGGCCUGGAGGGCGAUUGCUUCGGCAGCAAGGACUUCCUGACCCUCUCGCCCUGGCCCCAUGCCUGCCGGUGUCUACUCCGAUUUCCCACCCGGCUCAGGACGGGUCUCCUUCGGGUAGGGCUCCCGGGGCUCCCGGGCGGAACCUGCGCUGAAACGUCGGGCCAGGCCUGGGCGGUGCCGCUCUCCCCACCGCACUGCGCGGGCGGUCGCUCUGGCAGGCGUGGGGUCCCCAGCCAUCCCGGAACCGGGCGGGGGUCUGGGGCAGCCCAGGACAGGGACAAAGAGACCUCCCUGGCUCCUCACCCCGGGCCUCGGCCACGGAGCCGCCGCAGGCGCUCUCCCGGGGCGGGCGGGGGGCUCCGGGCCGGGCGUGCGCGGCUUCCUGCGGCCCCGGGGAGGCGGCGGCCUGUCCCGGGGAGGAGGGCGGCCCGCCGGGCCCGAGCCUCCCUCGGGGAUCCCGCCUCAGAGGCCUGGAUCUGGACGGAGCCCCUGUGCUGGGGGCAGCGCUGCCCGCUGGGAGCUGAGGGGGGCAGCCGGCUGGAGUGUCGGGGAGGGUGA